AUGAAGAAAGCGGUAUUUGAGAGGGAAGUAGAAGAACAUGGAGAGGAAGGUGGGUCUGGUUCUCUGUUUAGUAAAGAAGAAGGUGGGUUAGGGGAAGGUGGAUUAGGUCAGUUGGUUAGGGAUGUGAGGAAAGGAAGGGAAGGUUGGGCCAGGCAAGCUAGGGAAGUUGAGAAGGUUGGGCUAGGGAAGUUGGGAGUUGGUGUUUCCCUUGUUCCCAAAAAAGACAAGGCUGAGUUGCCCCUUCUACCAUCUGAGGUGGAAUACGGAUCAAGAUUUGCUGAGUAUCUCUUGAUCGAAGGGUUCAAGCCGCUAAAGCGGAAAGAUAUAUCUCUUCGCCUGAAGCGUUGUGGAUUUAGGCGUGUCACGCCAACCUUCUGUAAGUUCCUGGAUAAUCGUUCCCGGAUAAUGCCUGCCGCAGGGACUAACCCUAUCUUCGCGCAUACUUCCUUGUUUGUCUGGGAGUUGAAUCAGAAGCAUCGAAUGAAAGCUUCUUUACAGGACCUCUUCUAUUUCCCUCCAUUCUUCUUCCUAGUGACCUAG